CCACCCGGGAGCCCCCGAGCAGGAGGACCGCCACUGCCGCCCCCAAGCAGCCCGCGUAGCCUACCUGCCCGAGGAGCCCCGCCGCGGGUGUGAAGCUCCCAGCAGGGCGUCUGCUUUCGCUUUCCAGCCUGCUGGGGCGGGGCUGCCUGAGCUCCCCGCCGGGAGGCGCUUCAUUGGGGCCGGCUGCGGGAGAGGGGCCAGAGGCAGCCACCCAGCCUGACUUCCAGCAAAGCGCCGCAACGGUUCCCGGAAAGGGCUGCUGGCCGGCUGGCCACCGGCGGGCAGAGCCGCCGCCUGCAAAGCGAAAGCGAAAGCGCCGCUGCCGGAGCUGCUCGACUCGUCGCUCCUUCGUCACGGCUCCGAGAAGCGGCUCCGAGAAGCAGCCCCGAAGGCGGCCGCGCUGCUGCUCCAGCCCGACGACACGCAGAUAUUUCAGAGAGAGGAGAACAGGAUCAUGUAUGGUAAGCCACAAGACAAAACAUCACAAUCUGAUGAGAGCUUGACAUGAGGGCUUUUCAAAACAUUUGUUUAAAGCAUUGAAUGACGCUGACAGUAACCAAAACUGAAAAAUCUACCUUCAUUUCUUACUUCAGUGGAAAGGGCAGAGAAUCGGAACUGAGGGUCAUCCUGGUUGGAAAGAGUGGAGGUGGGAAAAGUGCCACCGGAAACACCAUCCUCGGCCGGAAGGAGUUCCAGUCCCUGCUUGGGGUGAAGGCAACCACUCUGACCUGCCAGAGAGGGUGUGGGAGCUGGAACGGCCGGGAUGUGUCAGUGGUUGACACGGCAGACAUCUUUGAUCCAGAAUCCUGCCGUGAGGACUCCUGCAGUGAGGUCAUGCGCUGUGUUGCGCUCUCCAGGCCUGGCCCUCACGCUCUGCUGCUUGUGACCCAGGUGGGUCGUUUCACCGCCGAAGACGAGGAAGCCGCAAAGCAAGUGCAGGAUGUGUUUGGGCUGGAGGCCACCAGGCACAUGAUCGUCUUGUUCACCCGGAAGGAAGAUCUGGGGGAUUGGGCCCUGCAGGAUUACGUUAAGAGCUCGGAUAACCAGGCUCUGAGGGAGCUGAUUCGGAAGUGUGGGGACCGAUUCUGUGCCUUCAAUAACAGGGCGGUCGGAGCAGAACGGGAGAAGCAGGUCUCUGAGCUGAUGGCCAUGAUCCAGGGAAUGGUUUGGGAUAAUGGAGGAAGUCAUUACAUCAAUGAGCUGUACUCGAAGCCCAACUUAACAAAUGCAACGAUCAGAUCUUACCUGGCAGCAAACAGAAGGGCCAGGCAGAGGGCAGAGGGAGGCUUCCUAUCCUACAGAAAAGCCCUUGUGAUCUUUGCAUGUGCUGCUGCUGGUCUUUUACUCCUUUAUUACUGUCGGCAUCAUUUCCCCAGCGGUGCUGCUUUUCUUGGUCCUGAAUAGCAGUUGAGGAGUGAGUAAAUCCAACUAGAUCUCUUGUUCUCGGCUGGCAAGGGACUGACACGUGGAUCAUCUAAUAAACUAAUGGACAGUGCUUAGUUCUCCUCCUUGGUUUCAUGUCACAAAUAAAGUUACUAGCAAAUCAUCA